GGCACUGACUGGCAUCACUGCUGGGCACUGACUGGCGGCACUUACUGGCACAACCGCUGGGCACUGACUGGUGGCACUGACUGGCAGCACUGCUGGGCUGCACUGGUGGGUGGCACACUGGUGGGUGGGCACAGGUGGGUGGCACUGGUGGGCACAGGUGGGUGGCACUGGUGGGCACAGGUGGGUGGGCACAGGUGGGUGGCACUUCUGGGCACAGGUAGGUGGCACUUCUGGGCACAGGUGGACGGAACUUGUGGGUGGCACUGCUGGGCACAGAUCAUCAGGGCACUGAUCAUCAGUGCCCCCGAUGAUCGGUGCCGAUCCUCGCUCUGACAACUGCCGGUUCUCGGCAGUACUUUCCUCACGAUCUGACAGCGUGAGGAAAGUGCAGCCGAGAACCGGCACUUUCAU